CUGUGCGGGUCCUUAGGGCCACGGGACAAGCCGAAGCGGCAUCCAGAUACCGGGAAUGCACUGACGCCCAUUCUUGGAAGCUGGGCGUCGGCAGGCACCCUGCCCGAGGGAGCAGCUGCUGGCCCCUCAAGACCCUCGGCCUCGGCCCUGCUGAGCCAUCCCCAGUCUAGGCCAGGCUCUGGUUAGACUGACGCUAUCCUCCACUAGGACCUGAAAAAUGGCAUCCAGGCAAGGCCCGGGUCCUCCCAGGCAGGACUGCGGAGACUCUACCCCAUCCUCCGCUUCUGAGGAGCAGGUAGCCUGGGAGACAGAGGAGGUUUUCCGCAGUUAUGUCUUUCACCGCCAUCAGCAGGAGCAGGAGGCCGAAGGGGCGGCCACACCCAUUGACCCAGAGAUGGUCUCCUUGCCCCUGGAACCUAACAGCAUCAUGGGGCAGGUGGGUCGGCAGCUCGCCAUCAUUGGGGAUGACAUCAACCGGCGCUACGAUGUGGAAUUCCAGACCAUGUUGCAGCACCUGCAGCCAACAAUAGAGAACGCUCACGAGUACUUCAUCAAGGUCGCCUCGAGCCUGUUUGACAGCGGCAUCAACUGGGGCCGCGUGGUGGCUCUCCUGGGCUUUGGUUAUCGUCUGGCCCUGCACGUCUACCAGCGCGGCCUGACCGGCUUCCUGGACAAGGUGACCCACUUCGUGGCCAACUUCGUGCUGCAGAACUGCAUCGCCCGGUGGAUCGCGCAGAGGGGUGGCUGGGUCGUCGCCCUGGACUUAGGCAAUGUCCCCAUCCGGAACGUGCUGAUAGUUCUGGCUGUGGUUCUGCUGGGCCAGUAUGUGGUACGAAGAUUCUGGGGUCCCAGAUGA